AUGGUCGACCAAGGUCUUGUUUAUGAACCUGUGUUUUCAUUUUGGCUUAAUCGAAAUACUAAAGAUAAUGAAGGAGGUGAAUUUGUAUUUGGUGGUGUUGACACUAAUCAUUUCAGAGUUGUACACACUUAUGUCCCUGUCACUCAAAAAGGCUACUGGCAGGAUUUUGCACCAAUGGUUGUGCAGCAAUUGUCGGUUCUGGAACCUCUUUAUUGGUUGGUCCAACGGAGAGGAAAUCCACAGCAGCUCAUCAUCCUCUUCGUUUCUCAAGGUCUGCAACAAUGGAGACGUUUUUUGUUCAUAUCCGAAUCCGUUAACGAAGGCCACCCAGACAAGCUCUGCGACCAGAUCUCCGACGCCGUCCUUGACGCCUGCCUAGCACAGGACCCUGACAGCAAGGUUGCUUGUGAAACUUGCACCAAAACGAACAUGGUAAUGGUUUUUGGUGAAAUUACAACCAAAGCUAACAUCGAUUACGAGAAAAUCGUCCGUGAUACUUAUCGCGAGAUCGGAUUUGUUUCCGAUGAUGUGGGUUUAGACGCCGACAACUGCAAAGUACUCGUCAAUAUUGAGCAACAAAGCCCCGAUAUCGCCCAGGGUGUCCAUGGUCACUUAACAAAGAAGCCGGAAGAAAUCGGCGCCGGUGACCAAGGUCAUAUGUUUGGUUACGCCACCGACGAGACCCCUGAGCUCAUGCCGCACAGCCAUGUUCUUGCGACCAAACUUGGAGCCCGAUUAACCGAAGUUCGGAAAAACGGGACCUGCACCUGGCUCCGCCCCGACGGGAAAACCCAGGUCACCGUCGAGUAUUUCAACGACAAAGGAGCCAUGGUUCCGAUACGCGUCCACACCAUUCUGAUAUCGACGCAGCAUGAUGAAACAGUCACCAACGAUGAGAUUGCCGCUGAUCUGGAAGAGCAUGUGAUCAAACCGGUGGUUCCGACGAAUUACCUCGACGAGAAGACAAUCUACCAUUUGAACCCGUCUGGACGUUUUGUAAUCGGUGGACCUCACGGUGACGCUGGUCUCACCGGUCGGAAAAUCAUCGUUGACACCUACGGUGGUUGGGGUGCUCAUGGCGGUGGUGCUUUCUCCGGGGAAGGACCCAACCAAGGUGGACCGCAGCGGUGCUUACAUUGUCAGGUAAGCUGCCAAGAGCAUUGUGGCUUGUGGGGUCGCAAGAAGGGCCAUUGUUCAAGUCUCGUAUGCUAUUGGUAUCCCUGAGCCAUUGUCGGUUUUUGUGGACACAUAUUGGACAGGGAAGAUUCAUGACAAAGAGAUUUUGGAGAUUGUGAAAGAAAACUUUGAUUUCAGGCCAGGAAUGAUCUCGAUUGACCUUGAUUUAAAAAGAGGUGGCAAUGGGAGGUUCUUGAAGACCGCUGCUUAUGGAC